UUGUUCAUUUUUUUUUGUUGUCAAUUAUAUAUUAAAUCAUUAUUGAUCUGCUAACAUGAGUUUAGCUCAAACUUGUGGUACAAGUUACGAUAUCAAGAAAGAGAAAGAAAGGAAUUAGGAUGUGAUAGUGAUACGAAAGUAGACAAGUAAACGUGGCAAAGCUCUGUUCACUCCUUCAGCUUUUUAUUUUUCAACGGUUUCGGAGUCUACAAUGGACCUUACCAACUCCCCAAUUCCCCCAUUAUUAUGGAAGCUGCAACUCUCCAGCUUCGAAUCCACAUCUCCAUUGGCACACUCGCAAUGUUUCUUCUCAAGGCAUGGAGAGUAUCAGCUUUUGGGGUCUAUGGCUACCUCAACUUCACCAAAUCUGCAUUCAUUGAACAUUCUAAGAAGUUCAAACCAGAGGAUAUGCAAACGAACAUUGAAGGGAAAAAUUGCAUUGUUACUGGGGCGAAUUCCGGGAUUGGAUAUGCAACUGCAGAGGGUUUAGCAUCACGUGGAGCUUCUGUCUACAUGAUAUGCCGCAACAAGGAAAGAGGUGAAGCUGCUCUUUCUGAGAUAAAGUCUAAAACAGGAAACCAAAAUGUUCAUUUGGAGGUCUGUGAUCUUUCCUCAAUCAGUGACAUUAAGUCAUUUUCCUCAAAGUUUAUUUCAAAGAAUGUCCCAGUCCAUGUUCUGGUUAACAAUGCUGGAAUGCUUGAGAAAAAUCGAAUUACGACGCCUGAAGGGUUCGAAUUCAACUUUGCUGUGAAUGUUUUAGGCACUUAUGCAAUGACUGAAUCUUUGUUGCCAUUGCUGGAGAAAGCUGCACCUGAUGCAAAGGUCAUCACAGUUUCUUCUGGCGGAAUGUAUUCAGUUCCCUUAACUAAUGAUCUGCAGUUUAGUGAAGACGAAUUUGAUGGGGUCGUACAGUAUGCACGUAACAAACGAGUUCAGGUGGCUUUAACAGAGAAAUGGUCAGAGAUGUACUCUAAAAAAGGGAUUGGAUUCUACUCGAUGCACCCCGGUUGGGCCGAAACACCCGGAGCGACUAAAUCUUUACCGAGUUUCUCUAAAUCUCUCUCGGGGAAGCUAAGAACAAGCGAGGAAGGGGCCGAUACGAUUAUUUGGUUGGCUUUGCAGCCAAAAGAGAAGUUGGAACCUGGAGCAUUCUUCUUCGAUAGAAUGGUAGCACCAAAGCAUUUAGCUUUUGCCGCUACGAAGUCUUCUCAUACAGCGAUGGGCUCUAUAUAUGACCAUCUUCGUUCUUUGUCUGGCUUGGCUCAAUAGUCUAAACGAGCGUCAACUCCUCUUUGGACCUCGUAAUUGUUGGAAGGAUAUUAUUUGUUAGAAUAUAUGUACUUCACCAAAUAUGUAACUUAGAUCUAAGAAGGGAUAUAUUGGAUGGACGUAGCUCAUUAGAGGAAGCAAUCAAGAUUAUAUCAUCCACAGACAAGGGAAGAUAGGCCAUCUCAUUAUUUUGACAUAUCCCAACAAAUGGGUGUAGAUUGCGGAUUGCAGAGACUUUCAGUUCGGCUGUCAAACCAACUAUUAGUUUGAAAUAUAAUCUAACAAUGUUAAUGGAUAUUAGUUGUAUGUGUAAAGUUCUCCAUGGGGGGAGAUUAUUGUAGUUGGGGUAAUUGGAAGGACAUUGCUAUGAUAUUAGUUGGGAAAUUUUGAAAGGCAUAAUGAACACGACAGUAUGGGCAAAAGAAGAAAAGGAAAAGGGAAAAAGAAUUAGACACAUAUUUAUUUAUACAAGUUCACUCACUACAACCUUUCCAAGUAGUUUCGAACUA